AUGGCUAUUGCCUCCAAGCAGAUAUUGGCCGGUAUACAUGACCCUUCGAAGGUCCAUGGCUGUGUCGACGCUUUGCUACAGUCACACAAAGGAGCCGAAGGUUGGGGCUUGCAAGCAGGUCAGGGUUGGUCUACGUGGAUGGGCGCAAUGAGUGCAAUCGGACUGCUAUUUGUGGUGUUCUGGACGUGGUUGGUCCUUAUUGAUCUAAAGGACCUACAGAAUGCUUUUACUCCAGUGACGUUCCUAGUGACUAUGCUAUGCUUGGCUGUUGGUAUCUCACAGUAUUUGAAUGCUGCACAAACUGCAUCUGCUCAAUUUUAA